CAGCGCCAGUGUUGACGUUUUGCAGUGUUUGACAGCGAGCGAUGUCCGAUUCAGGAAGAUGAAGGCCUGCCUGUUUCUGAUGACAUUCAUAUUUCUUAACGAAUGUGUAGGUCAAACGAAGAAAAAUGGGCUUUAUUCACCUUCUGACGAUGUGAUGAUUUUAACCAAUAAAAAUUUCUACGAUCAGUUUUUGGACAAAGAGAAUGCUUGGUUGAUAGAGUUCUACAACAGCUGGUGCGGACACUGCAUCAACUUCGCACCCACAUGGAAGAAAUUUGCUACCUACGCCAAGGGUUGGGGGGAGGGUGUUGUCUAUCGGAGCUGUGGACUGCUCCAAUGCCAACAACAGCGACCUUUGCCGAACCUUCAAUACACAGGGCUACCCUACCAUGAUGUUCUUUAAGCCCCAUGCCAACAAACAAGCCUCCUUUCAAACAGCGGCACACACUCUGGCUGGGGGACAUGACUUUGACCGCUUGCUAAGCUUCACCUUCAAGUGCCUAGACUCGAUGAAUUCCACAGCUCCACUAUCCUGGCCAAGGCUACAGCCACUGAGAACCAUACAAGAAAUCUGGACAGAAGCUAAAGAGCACCAUGAAUAUGUUUUCCUUAUUUUUGAAGAUCCCAAAUCAGCACUGGGAAGAGAGGUUAUCUUGGACACGAUGAACCAGCCCAGCAUCCUGGUGCGACGAAUGUUAAAAGCAGAUGUUACAAAGUUUGGCAUCACUACCUUUCCAUCACUCUACUCCGUCAACAAGGAUGGCAUCUACAAGAAAGUUAUUGUGGGUGAUUAUGGUAUCCAAGAUAGGGCAAACUUUGUAAGUGCCAUUCAAGCCUUCAGUGGGAAGCUGAUUGCUGACAAUAGCACUAUGCACAAGAACGAGAAGGAUCACAUAAAGGUUGGAGACAAGAAGGAGGUUGAAGACCAGGAAAUGAAGAACGAGGGUGAUGGUGAAGGGCAGUACGAGCAGGGAAAGGAGGCAGAGGACAGACCUCCACAGUCUGCACUAGUGCACAUGAAGGACUUGGAAUCGGCCCUACACUACAGCUUGAAACAAGAGGUGGCCAUAAAGAGUUCCAUUGAUGAAGAGGCCGUAACAGCGCUGAAGAACUAUAUAACAGUUCUUGUGAAGUAUUUUCCUGGUCGGGAAGAGAUAAUGUCAUUUCUGGUCAGUGUCAAGAAGUGGCUGAACGAUGUACCAGGCCCUCUGCAGGGAGAGGAGUGGUCUAGACAGCUAGAUGCCCUACAGACGAGAGGAAGUUUCCUACCUGAUGAUGUGACGUGGAUAGGCUGCGCUGGCAGUGAAACACGUUACCGCGGUUACCCUUGUGGCAUGUGGACACUGUUUCAUACACUUACAGUUUCCUCUCACCUGUCUCAUCUCAGAACCAACCCGCAAGAAGUUCUACUUGGUAUCAGUGGUUACAUGAAGAAGUUUUUUGGCUGUGAAGAAUGCUCUAAGAAUUUUAUGAAGAUGGCCUCGACAGUAGAGCAGGAGGUUCAUGAUGGUUCUGACACUGUGCUAUGGCUGUGGCGGGCACACAACAAAGCCAACAAGCGACUCCAUGGAGACCUGUCCGAGGACCCCCAACACCCCAAGAUUCAGUUCCCCUCAAGGACGUCAUGUCCCCAGUGUCACACAGGCGAUACAGGCUGGGAUGAGGCCAAAGUAUUGACCUACCUUGUAGGGCUCUAUAGACAAGACAAUAUUGUCAGUGACAGUAGACAGACAGGUCUGAAAGGUGGUAGGGUCCGAGGCAAGGGUGAACUGGACUGGUGGGAGAAGCAGCAGCGUGCCCAGGACCUGGAGAAGAUUCACUCACUCAGAAAACAGAAGAAAGUGGUAUACCAGCAGAAGAUGGAGAGACAGGUAUGGGAGCGGGCUCGUCAAGCAGACAGCCAGGAGUACAACCACCAAGACAGGCAGUACCAAGUGUCGCGGAAAGGCUGGGGACUUAAUGGUGUCGACCUUGGCAUGUGCAUGAUGUUCUAUGUGAUGUGUGCUGUUAUCAUUCUACUGAUGUACUAUCACUUCACAAUACGCCGGAACUGGAGGCCAUGUGGGUGUCUGCCUGUAUGAUGAAGAAAUGCAACUAUAAGAGCUGGUAGUUGUUGUGUGUUGGUGUUGAAGUUAGUGUGUUAUACAGGAACACAUGUGAAUGGUAUCCCAGGCAGUGGGUGUGUGUUAUAUACAUCCAGGGACCCGUUUCACAAAGCUCUCAUAAGCCUAAGAUCUUUUAACUUUUCUCGUAGCAUUCGUACCUCCAAUGUUACAGUAUAGGAGAUACGAUUGCUAUGAGAAAAGUAACGAGAUCUUAGGCUUACGAGCGCUUUGUGAAAAGGGGCCCAGUGGCCCAGUACAGCCUUCACAUUACUUUGUAGUAUGGUGGUAUGGGGCUUCUGUGAAGGCAGUAUGUAAGGUUUGGUUGUUAAUGGUUAAAGGUAUACUUAACCUCUCUAGUCUGUCAGACUCUUUGCUUGCUAAUGAGUUUUGGGAAAUAUUUAACUUACCCAUGAAACUGAUUGUUGCAUAAUGAGUGAUACACCAGCUAUAUGACGUGACAAUGAUAUAUAUUGAACAUUAUUACAUCUUUAAGCCAUGUUGUGAUUAGCAACUAAAUGUAAGACCCUGUUUUGUUGAUGGUCAUGUGUGCAAUAUUGUCCAUUCAGACCUAUUUUAGCUAUUUUACAAUUUGAUCAUCAAACUAAAUUAUUUAUGAUAUAUUUUAACUAAGUACAAAUGGACAUAUGUAGUCCUAAACAGUCAACAUUAUGGACUGAUGACUUGUGGGACAGAGUUGACCACACUGGUGUCCAGAGUGUGUAAGUAGCACUGUAUGUUGUUGCCAUGUUGUACAUUUGGGUAUUUAUUCAACAUUCCAUCAGGGAUACAUCCCACAGCUUGUUGACAAUGUAAUUUAUUUAUCAGGUACAACAGUUGUAGGAUUUAAAUCUCAUUUUGUAUGGAAAUGCUGGGAAUAUGAAAGAGAGAAAUCCACUUUCUGUUGAAGUCUGUAUGCAUCUGCUCAAAGCAAGAAUUCCUGAUCUCAUUAAGAUGAAAUCUUAGUGUUCUAAACAAAGAUGUGAGGACAUCACGUUUUGGGUCUCAUCAGAGCAACCUCUCUGCUGUCAUAUAUUAAACAUUGAAGAAUGUUCUUUUGAUUACACUUCAAUUUAGAAAGUGGUCAAAUGUAACCUUUGUUAUAUUUUAUAUUAAAGUGUAAUCCCAAAUAUAACAUAGGUAAUAAUGUUCUUUUGUUCAGUUUUAAAAUAUUUGUGGAGAACUUUGUCAACAUAGUUUUCAUUUUGAAACUGAUGCCAUAAACUCCCCAAAGCUAUUUUUUCAUUGGAUAAUGUUGAGCUGCCAGUUAGCAUGGUCAUCGGUUGGUUACAGUUUGAGAAAAGUCAGUUCUGACAUGACCGGUCAUGGGACGUCCUCCGAACUUUGUUGAGUAAGCACAAAGAUACAGUUCUAAUGAGAUUUGUUACCAAGCACUAAGGUACGAUUUUAAUGAGAUUUAUGAAUUCCAGAAUGGAUGUCCUCAAAAGGUUUAAUGCCUAACAUGUUAUCAAACUACUUAAGUGUUUGUCUGUCUUCCUCAUGCAGUAUGAGGGAGUUAGUGUGAAAUGUAUCUGUGUCCAUCGUCUUAGCUUCCCAGUGGGAUUGUCAUAUGAAGUGGUCAGUGCAAGUUGCUUGCUACUCAUUGUUGAUUAGUUCUUCAGACCUCGGUAGCAACCAAGGGCAACAUAUGCUGGUUCCAUAUAUCAUCCUUAAACUCUCUCCUCACACACAUGAUUUCCACAACUAAUUUGUAACGAUUUCUCAGGACUGUGUUGGUAUAACACUGAUAAUGCAUCUGAAAGUAAACCUACUUAUAACAUGGAUGUAGAACAUCUGUGUCUACCAGUGCUGUAUUAUAUGUGGUUUGGUAACAGAGGGAUCCAGCAGUAACUACUCAUGUCAAUAGGACUCAUUCACCGACAAAGCAAAGAACCUGGGUGUCAUCUUUGGUUCUCCCUUGUCAAUGGAAGCCCAAGUUAAUCAAGUGUGCCAGACCUGCUACUUCCAUCUAUGAAGUAUUGGUAAUAUCCGCCAUCUUAUUUCCAAAGACGUAACAAAGACACUAGUCCAACAACUUGUGAUGUCCCGCAUUGACUACAGCAACAGUCUGUUGUAUGGUUUGAGUCAGGAGCUGCUGAACAAACUCCAGAAGGUACAAAAUAGGGCAGCUCGUAUUGUGAGUCGUGCACCAAAAAGAAGCCACAUAACACCGGUAUUGAUGUCCCUACUCUGGCUACCAAUAGAAGCCCGGAUCCACUUCAAGAUCUUGUGUUUUGCCUACCACUGUUUGAAUGGUACAGCACCGAGCUAUCUAUCAGAACUGAUCUCACCAUACCAGCCUUCACGACGUCUAAGGUCUGAAAACCAAUGCCUACUUGCAGUACCAAACUCAAGACUAAAAUCCUACGGCAACAGAUCGUUUCAAGUAGCAGCACCUCAGUUAUGGAACCCACUGCCUCAGAACAUUAAAGAAUCCCCCACCCUUGACACAUUUGAAACCAACCUAAAAAUCUUUCCCUUUAGAAAGUUCUAUCCCCACGAACUAUCUCCUCCCGUGAACUUCUCAUCUGUGACUAUUGUAGCGCCUUGAGCAUGCACCUCUGUGGAUGGAACCCAGCGCAAUAUAAAUAGACAUUAUUAUUAUUAUUAUUACUUAGGUCUUGACUUGGCCUCUUGUAUGGAGAUUUUAGCAGAAAGUUUGACAAUAAAUGCUUCUGAAGAAAAUAUUUUGGAAGUUACAGCAAA